UUGGAUUUUUAUUUUGGUGAUAAGACCAGAGAGGAUUUUUUUCCCGUCUUUUAACUCCCCCACCCCUACAUCUCCUCCUGCGUAUAAUUUGAGGAAGCUUAUGGUCCCUUACUAGAGGAUCAAUGCCUUCCGUCUGAUUUUGCGUUUGUUUAUUUUUAAUUUUGCAUUUGUAUAAGUGCAAAAAUAGGAAAGCUGUUAAUAUACAUUCGUGAUUACGAAGGAAGGGGGGGGGGGAGCUGAAGCAAGGAGAAGGCAAGAUGGCUGCAAACUGAUUUGUGUGUGUUAGAUUUGGAUUUAAUGCUGCGAGAGCCAGCAGCAGAUUGGAUUCUCGUCUCUCCUGAGUGAUUAUUUUAUAUAUUUGCUUGGAUGUAUCUGGGACUUGGGGAGGAGAGUCGAAUAGUUUGGACUUGACAGAAGAGGGUGGUGUUCGACUGCAGCGGGGAGGGGGGGGGGGGAAGAGGAGGGAAAAAAAACCUAAAGGAAGAAGGGGGUGGCUGACGAGAAGAAGAAAAAUGUGCCAUAAAUAUAAAUGAUUUAAACCCCUCGGAGGAGAAAGAAGUAAAAUAAGCACCAACUGAAAGAAAGAGACUUGCUCAAGAUGGCUGUAAAUGAGUACAUGUGUUGGACUUAAAACCAAAAGAAGAUUUUUUUUGGGGGGGGGGGGGAAUCUUUAAAUGGUGCCAACAAGAUUGGAAUUUCCCUUUUAAAUCUCUUUUGGAAAAGAGAGAGAGAGAGGAGAGGCUUUCAUGAGCUGGAUGGCAGUGAGGAAGUCAGACAGUUGAAGGCUGAGGCUGUGAAGAAGAAAGGGAAGGCAGAAUAGGGAGGGCGUGUUGGCGGCUCUGGGGGCUGAAAUAAGGUCUAUUUGUUGUCGAAUUGACCGCUUUUGCUGCAUUUUUAAAUGAAAAUCUCUACCUACCGUUGCUGCUGAGGUGGGACAGUUGGCCGUUGGGGGGGUUUUGGGUUUGAAUUUUUUGAAAAAAUAACGACUUUUUUCCAAGAUGGCUGAAAACUGGAAGAGCUGCUUCGAGGAGGAACUUCUGUGCCCCAUCUGCCUGCAGGUCUUCGUGGAGCCGGUGCAGCUGCCGUGCAAGCACAACUUCUGCCGGGCUUGCAUCGGCGAGGCCUGGGCCAAGGAGUCGGUGAGCCGCUGCCCCGAGUGCAACAACGUCUACCCGCAGAAGCCGGCCCUGGAGAAGAACCUCAAGCUCAGCAACAUCGUGGAGAAGUUCAACUCCUUCACGGCCGACGCCGCCGCCGUGGCGGCCGCCGCCGCUUCCUCCGCCGCCAGCACGGCGGCCGCCGCCGCCAACAACGCCGCCAACAACACGGCCUCGUCGGCCGCCAACUCGGCCUACAGCCCGCUCUGCUGCCGCUACUGCCGGAACUCGCCCGCGCAGAAGGUGUGCCUGCGCUGCGACACCGGCUGCUGCCAGUCGCACGUCGGCGCGCACCUGCAGGCCGCCUCGGUCAGCGGCAGCCACUUGCUAAUCGAGGCCGGGGAUGCGCGGGCCUGGAGCUGCGCGCAGCACGACGCCUACCGGCUGCUGCACUGCGAGACCGACCAGGUGGCCGUCUGCCGUUACUGUUACUACAUGGGCAGCCACCAUGGGCACAGCAUCUGCGACCUGGAGGUCAGGAGGAACGAGAUACGGCAAAUGCUGAUGAAGCAACAAGAGAGACUGUCAGAAAGAGAACAGGAUAUCGAAGAACAAAUAUACAAACUGAAAACUGAUAAAAGUGUGAUUGAGGAAAAAGUCCAUCAAUUGAAAGAAGAAGUGCGCUUGCAGUAUGAGAAAAUGCGUCAGAUUCUAGAAGAAGAUCUGGGAAAAACUUUGGAACUGAUCGAUAAAACACGGACAAAAUUCUGUGAUGAGAAUGCAUCGCAAGUACAUCAGCUAAAUGAGCGAUUGGAAGAGGCUAAGAAAUUACUGAACUCAGUCCAAAAAAUGUGGGACAGGACAGAGGAUAUUUCAUUUAUGAAGAAUACAAAAUCAGUAAAAAUUCUACUGGAAAGGACUCAAGCAUGUACUGGAAAUGGGUUGCCACCUCCCAAGUUUGGUCACCUCCAGCCAAAACCUUUCUUGAGUGAAAUUGGUAAGAAGGAGAAACACAUCAGAAAGUUGCUUGAAGGAACGAUAAGCACUCCCGUACCAUUUCUGCAGAGCGUUCCUGCAUACACCUGCAACAUUUCCAGUGCUGCUGGAGAGAAACGCAAGCACUCCACUGCUUUCCCUAUGCCCACGACAUCUGGUGUGGACAAUGGCUUCCUAGAAGUAACGGCUGGAAAUGUUGCCAGCCAGUUUAUGGGCCAGGGCGGGGCUGUUGUAGAGGGCCAGUCAGCACAGUCCCUUGUGCCCUGCAGUUCUUCCCAACAUAUUGUGGGACUGACCAGCGGCCCACAGCCCGUCCACACAGGGUCAGUCUUCAACACAACUCACUAUCCCAAUGGCACGCCUUCCCAGCAGUCUGUACUUUCCCAGUCUGUCGGCUAUGGUGGCCGCAAAAUCCUCGUCUGCUCUGUGGAUAACUGUUUCUGUUCUGGCGUGCCUUCUGUUUCGAACCACAAUGGACACCAGCCAUACAGCAGAUCGGGCACUUUCCCGUGGUCUGUGACAUCGCAGGAAUACGCACAUGCUCUUCCGCCUGCCCCCUCGGUACCUCAGUCCCAUAUCAUACGGAAUGGGAUCAGCAUCUCACAACAACACUGCAGGCAAGAUAACUGCAGGAUACAUGGCCAAUCCUUCACUGAACACUACACCACAAGCUAAUCUUCUAAAUUCUGUCUAUCAUACAUUUUGAACAGUGUGCAUUUUCCUUUUUAAUUUUUUUCUGUAAAUGUUAAUUUCAGAUCAUUUGCUUAAAAAAAAGUUAGAAAAUACAUUCCGCACAUAAUGUAAACUUUUUGUGCAAUUGAAUUCCAGUGCUGGUUUUAGUAAUCCAUUCACGAAUGGAAAUAUGUUCUGUAUUAAAUGGCUUCCUUUGUUGGUUGUUUCUGCCAGGAGUGCCACAACCAUAACAGAAUUUUUAUAUGAAAACUCUUAGCACUUUUUUGCAGAGGCGUUUAAUAUUAGUUAAUCAUAUAGUGCUCUGGUAUAAUAAUAGCAGCAAUAAGCAGAGGUACCAUUUGACAGUGAAGCACAAAUUGCGCUGAAGGCGUUGGCAGAGUUUGUCUGACCUGUUGAAUAGGGGGAUCUGAUGGGGAAUGAUGCCCUGACACUGGAAGUUGUCACGAGGUAACACAACGCUGAGUGGAGAUUGUCUCUGGCAAGUUGUCAGACAGGACAUUUCAAUCAUUGAUUUUAAUAGUUACCCAGUGCUCUUUUACAAUAACCCCUUUGAGUAUGGACUUCCCAUGUGGAAAAAAGAAAUCAAAGAAGAAAAUAUUUUUUUCUAAAAAGUUCAAGGUGUGACUCUGGCUUCCUGGAUAUGGAAACUACACCCUAAUUAAGCAUGGCAGAUUUGCCUGUCACUUUAAUCAUAGUUUUUAAAAAAAAAUGUCACAAUGGGACUACUACAAUGCAGAAUGAGAAACUGGUCAGGCUGGGUUCCUGACCAGCUAGAAGAAAGGCAGAUUAUUUUAGGUUUGGCAAAUGCUGUCCUGUAAACUAUAUAUUGAUAAAUAAUUGGGAGUAUGCUUAAUGCAUAACAUGAACAUUUCUUAAUCAGUAUUCUGUAGAAAAAAAAUCUGGAGAAUUGGGAAUCUUGUUUUAUUUCUAGAAAAUGGUGGGGAUAGAGGGGGAUUAACAAUCAUGCUCAAAAUGUUUGAUGAUCUGUUUGUCGAACAAACAUCUUUUCAGGCCUGUUGUGUUGAAUGGGCUAUUACAGUGCAACCUCAUUAUUACUAACCCGUGGUGGUUUCAUCGGGUGGGGGGGUGCUUUGCUUUGCCAAGGUUUGGGCUCCAAUUCUGAUUUCAUUCCUUUACCACCGACUGCUGGGGAAAGAGUACCACCCCCCCCCCCUCCCAUUUUAAAAUUUUAUUACUUUUCUUUUCCUUUCUGGGCAGCGUUGGUGGCAGUAGAAUUUCCUGUGAAUGGUAAGAACAAACAAUGGAAAAAAAAGAUUCAUUACAAAUGGUGCCAAUGGAUCUGCUAGUCUGCAUGUUAUAACAAAGUUUAUUUCAUCAAGGGAUUGAAUUCCUUAGACUUUUUUUAAAUUAAAAAUGAAAUGGAGCUUCAGCGGGGGACCUGGGAAAAGUUUAAUGUAACAGAAGGUUUGUUGUAACGAGGUUUGGCUGUAUUUUAACUGUGUGGUGAUGGUCCAUCGAUGUUUGACCAUGGGAGCUCUGUUUUGCUUUGUCCCUGCAGAAAAGGGUGAAUGUUAGUGUUUGGAAAAACUCUUGUAAUCAGUAAAAUCAAGAACUGUUGGUAUUUUGUCUUUCUCAAAUACUUAUAGUUACCAGGUUAUGCAGGGUUUAUCUUAACCUCCUAUUUCAUGUCACUUUAUCAAUAUCUUCUUUUAAGGCAUUGAAUAAACAUGUAUACAUGCA